AGAAAUAGAAACAUCACACAUUUUUGUUAUUUUGGAUUAUAUUUCAACAUUCAUACAUUUCAAACAUUACUUGAGCACUUAGUGAUACUUGAUUUAAGUCUGGUAAAAUAUGGACAUUUUGACAUGGAUAUUAAUGGAAAACUGGUGAAUUCCCAACAUUUUAAAUCCAUUAUGUUAAUGGUAGACUUAACACAUCUCUGUGCACCACAAUUCAGUUACUAUGCAAAUAUACUAAUGUAAAAAUCUUAUAACGUUGGGUGAUUUUUAUUAUUAUUUUUCCACACCAUGGAAAUCAUUUAAAUAAGAAAUGCCCUGAGCAAGAUGGCGCUUGGCUAGGUUCAUCGUUCUUCCGGGUUUUGCAUUCACAGGGUGACGCAUUACGCACGGACGCUCGCCGUGCCAUCAGUUGGCGUAUGAUAACAAUAAACAACCCAGAAAGAAGAGAGACGCAUCAACAGGACUUAUCGCUGUAAUUCGACAGAAACAAAACGAAAACAUGAGCCGAGAGAGCCGCGCUCGGAUGGACUGAGUCCUCUAUGCGAAGCGGAGGAGCCUCGCUGGUAGCUUUUGUGUGAAGCUCCGGAGAGAAGUGGAGUUAACGGGUUGUCCCCUUCCUUAGCUCCCUGUAGCUAGCCGCGGUUCAUUCCUGGUUCCUGAACACUUUGUUUCAGCCUGUUAUGCAGUUUCCAGAGGACUGUAGCCGCACUCGUUCUCCUCCGCCACCUCUCUGCACCCUCUCCCCGCGCUCUCUGACCCCAUGUCUCGCUGGCUUUUCCCCUGGUCGGGCUCAAUCAAGAAGCGGGCCUGUCGGUACCUUUUGCAGCACUAUCUCGGUCACUUUUUGCAGGAGCGGCUGAGCCUGGACCAGCUCAGCUUGGACCUGUACAACGGCAGCGGUGACAUUAAGGAUAUCAACCUCGAUGUGUGGGCGGUCAAUGAGCUUCUGGAGUCUCUUGGGGCUCCUCUGGAGAUGGUGGAUGGCUUUGUGGGAAGCAUACAGGUGACCAUCCCCUGGCAGGCUCUCCUGACUGAUCAUUGCACCUUAGAAGUUUCUGGUCUUCAGAUAACAUGUCGACCCAAGUACCGAACCAACGGAAAUUGGGAGUCACAGGGAUGGUCGUCCAGCAUGACCUCCAGCAUUCAGCUGGCUCAGGAGUGCCUAAAGGACCCCCCAGAGGCGUCAGAAGAGCCGCCUGCCCCACUGGAGGGACUUGAGAUGUUUGCACAGACUAUUGAGACAGUUCUCCGUCGCAUCAAAGUCACUUUUAUAGACACCAUCGUCCGCAUUGAGCACCAUCCUCUGGACCUGAAAACAGGUGUUGCCUUAGAAGUGCACAUUCAACGCCUGGAGUACUUUGAUGAAGCCGUGAAAGAUCCAUCCAGCCAGACUGCCGUGCCUGUCAACAUCCACCAGCCGCCCGCCUUUCUGCACAAGAUCCUCCAGCUGAGUGACGUUCAGCUGUUGUACGACAUCAUCGGCGUUGUACAGGGUCCUCCCAGGGAGUUGCAUCUAAAUUUAGCCACAGCCAGUGGAGGAGAGGAAGAAGAUGUGGAAGAAGAGGCCAAACCCUUGAAAUCCACUCCCAGCCCCCCAUCUCGGCCCCUGCUGAUAGGGCGCUGCUCUGGUUAUAUUGAAACCACGGUGAAGAUCAAACAGAAUGACAUGCUGCCUGGACCAAAGUUGGAGCUGGACGGGAAGGUGGGAUGUGUCCACCUGCUGCUGUCUCCGGAUCAAAUAACCCAUCUAUCAGACCUUCUGGCAGCCUUGUGCAUAGAUAUUGAGCCAGAGCAGACGUUUGGUGGAGUCAACAGUCGCCCGUUAGGCUCAGAAGACCUGCGGUUGAUUGAGGAGGACCUCAGUAAGCAGCUGGGAUCCAGUCCCAAAGAUCGGGAGUGGGAAAAUGAGCCUGACCUGGAGACCUACAUCACCAGUCUGGAGAACGGAGAAAUGUUUUACUCCAUGGGCCCUGCGGGGAUGAGCAGCAGUGUUGCAUCUACUCGCUCUGGCAGCGAGCUGUCAGACAGUGACAUGGAGUCCUCCACACACAGUCUGACCGGCCUGACACACCCAGCAGCUCUGUCAGCUCAGGGCUUGAUACAUUGUCCUAGAAGAUAUCCUGUAUGCUUAUCCAGUUUAUCACAUGCCAGCAGGAUCAGAGGGCGCUCGCACAGCGGCCAGGCGGAGCAGCUGAAGCCUGAGGCCUUGCUGCGCCUGACCCUCGGUGGGCUCACUCUAACCAUGCUGCAGGAGGACCCACCCUCUGAUGGACCCUCAUCAUUAGCUCAGGUGUCUCAGGUGUUCUUCCAAGGGCUGCUGUCCUUCAAGGACAAGAUGUUCACCAGUAAAAACUUCAACAAUCUGAGAGACGGCUUCGCCACAGCCUGUCCACUCUCCCACUUCAGGUUGACGGGGGCGGCAGUGCAGGUGACAUGUGAGACACGCAGCGGGAGACGCCACUGUCGGGCUGUGACUUCAGACCUUUCUUUCAGCAGACUGGAACUGUUGGAGUGCCUCUGGCAGGAUGGGAAACCUCAAUACUGUGAGUUACUUCAGUUCCAGAAAGCUGAACUGUUUACAGUCGGAGCUGCAGCCAGACCAUGUGCCCAGCUACACUACAGCCUCACUGAAAAACACCUGCGAAAAGGUAAACAGCGUGUGGUGCGACGGGACAGCGUGGUACGGGUAGAGCUGGCGGAGCUGAGCGCUGAGCUGGACCUGGACAUCCUCAGCCGCCUGGGGAGCCUCAGCAGAACCUUCAGCCACUGUCAGAGUCAGAACUCUGGACCGGGACCCAUACAGACCCAGAACAUUGAGCUUUGCUCCUCCUUCACCCUCCUGUCCCCUAACGCCAUACUCAGACUUCGGUUUCCCAUCCCAGACCUGCGACCUCUUCCCUUGCGUCGGCCGCCAUCUCAGAGGGCAGUGAGGGAGGAGACUUUGGUUCUGGAGCUGACUGAGCUGGAGUUGAAGCACCAGGUGGCCCCGGAUCUGCAGAGCGAGCGUUUAACCCCAGGGCAGCCAUGGGAUCCCUGUCUUAACCAGCUGCUGGAAGCGUCUUUCACAGACAUGCAUGGAUCGUAUGAGGGCUGGGAGGGAGGCUCCUUCCCCUGCAUCAGUGUGAAGAAAAACCUCGACUCUGUGCCAAGGAUUUCAGUGCGUGUGCGCGGCGGUGAAGCUCAGGGCCCAGCAGCAGGUCUGAGUGGGAUGAACCUGGGCCUCAUGAAGGAUCUAGAGGCCAACUUCUUUGAAAGCCACUGUGAAUUCAGCGAGAAAUCCAGCUCUCCGUUUUCCUCAAACCGCACCAUGUUUGAGACAGAGGAGAUGGUGAUUCCUGCCGACCCGGAGGAAAUGCUUCAGUUUCAUGAACAGUGUGUCGCUCAGUGUCAGUGUGCGGUGGACAUCUGCCUGCCACUGGCCUACAUCCUCCUGCCCAGCAAACAGGCUUUCCAGAGCAUCUACAACAGGAUCAAUAAUGACCUCUUGAUGUGGGAACCGCUUCCACCUUCCCCCCCCUCAGCCCACAGCCCCUACCAGAGCCACCAUCUCUACGACGAGUUCCAGCUGUGCAAGUCGGCCUUCAGACUGGACUCUGACUCAGAAGAGGAUGAGCCUCAGUUUUACUUGGCCAACGAAUCAUCUGGAAGGAUGCAGCCGUCAGCUUCUCUUCCCAGCCACAACCUCAGCCUCCUCUCCCUCACUGUGAUUAUCGGGAAAGGUCGCCUGCAAGCCAGAACUGACAGGAAGGAGGAUCAAACUCAGGGAGAGAUUGUGCUUGACCUGGAAGGGGGGAAGAUUUUCAGCGUGGCGCAGCAUCAAAAUGAUCCCAACCUCAACUUCCUGACUCUGGAGAGCAAACGAGUGGAGCUCUACCAUCGAGCUGUGGUUGAAGACACCUCCAUUCCACAGAGGUUGGAGAUGCCCGGCUUCACACCACCCAAACACUUGGACCCUACCAUCUACCCCACAGAGGUGGGAGUGAGUAGUGUGAGAGGACGGGAAGGGGAGCCACAGAUGUUGUCUACAGCCAUUAAAAUCACGCUGGACCUCAAGAAUAACGUCAAGGAGUUCUUGGUUGCUCUUCAGCUGCAAGGUGCCACUAUGAGACAUUACAUGACACAGACCAAUCAGAGCUGGCACGAGCAGCUGAUUGACUUUCUGGACGUUAUCGACGACCCCAUCCUGGGAUACAUGGCACCGGCUGUCAUCACUGUCCUCCACACACACCUGGCUACCUGCGCUGUAGACUACAGGCCCCUGUAUUUGCCCCUGAGGGUCCUGUUCACAACAGAGUCAUUUUCUCUGUCCAGUAACAUCAUUGUAGACACCGCCACGUUCCACCUCAGAUUCAUCCUGGAUGAUUCUGCUCUCUACCUCUCUGACAAAUCUGGGAUGGACACAGUGGACUUGAGGAAAGAUUAUGUGUGUGUUCUGGACAUUGACCUCCUGGAGCUCGCCAUCACCACGUGGAAAGGCAGUGAUACCGGAAAGCUGUCCCAGCCUCUCUUUGAGCUGCGCUGCUCCAACAACGUGGUGCACCUCUAUACCUGCGCCGAUUCUUGCGCCGCGCUCGUCAACCUGCUGCAGUAUCUGGUCACCCAGGGUGACUUGCAUCCUCCGCCCCGCCACACCUCACCUACUGAAAUAGCUGGUCAGAAAUUACCGUUGUCAGAAAGUCCCGCGCCUCUGCCACCCUGUCCUCCAGCGGAAACCGCAGAAAUCAACCAGUACGACCUGACUGAUGCCUUAAUCGACACAGAGAAGAGCCACAGAGACAACAGUUUAGAACCAGAUUCUCCUUCAGUGCCGAGGGGCUCGCCCGUCUCCGUCUAUUUGUUUCCUGGUGAAGGGUCAAAGCAAAGCCCGUCUGUCCUACAGAAGGAGGACUCUGAGCUGGACGGACUGGUUCCCACAGCUAUGGAGGCACAGCCCGAUAUGAUACUGGAUGAUGACUCUGAGGGCUCCACCGAUAACGAUGACUUCUGCAUCCUGGAGGCACCUGGCAUGGGCAUACCACCCAGAGACGGGGAGCCUGUGGUAACUGUGCUGUGUCAGGGGCCCAUCAGGGUGAAGGACAGCCACUUUUCCAGGCCUCGAGGAAGCUCAGACCUGCUCCGAGCUCCUAGCAGGUUCCCGGUACCGCAUACCAGGGUAGUGUUGAAGGAGAUUUCUGUGGUGUGGCAUCUCUACGGGGGCAAGGACUUCGGUGGCAAGCCGAUGUCCAUACAUGCUCAGAACUCAAACAGGGUUCGCUCUGUCCCUGCCGGUGUUCGUGGGUCUCCGUCUCGCUCUGUUGCCUCCUCCCGUCCCCAGAACUCCUGGCGUUGGGCUGGAGGCAGCGGCCGUCAGCACUCACUGCUCAUGGAAAUCCAACUCACCAAGGUGUCCUUCCAGCAUGAGUCAUACCCAGUGGCAGUAGCAGGGCAGGAUGGGGAGGGGUCACUGACCGCUGGGGUCGGUCCCAGUGGGGAGCAGCCCCUGUCCAGGCAGGUCUUCAUCGUCCAAGAGCUGGAGGUUCGGGACCGACUGGCCUCUUCGCAACUCAACAAGUUCCUCUACCUCUACACGAGCGAGAGCAUGCCUCGCCGAGCCCACUCCAACAUGCUCACUGUGAAGGCCCUGCAAGUAUUACCAGAGUCAGGACUCGGUGGACCCGAGUGUUGCCUACGGGUCAGCCUGCUGCCGCUGCGACUUAACAUAGACCAGGACGCACUGUUUUUCUUGAAGGACUUUUUUAGUAAUCUAGCAUCUUCUGUUAACCCCUACAUGCCUGUGGACCCUGCUGCUGAAGUGAAGGCAGAUCCUUCCCAGAAAGGGUCUGAGGAGGUCGGAACAGAUGCUGGCCUGGGUCCUGACCUCACAGCUUCUGUGGAAACUACCUACAGCGAGCAGAGCUCCUCCUCUGCCGGCUCCUCCUCAUCCUCAUCCGAACAGCCAAUCUACUUCCGGGAAUUUCGUUUCACUUCUGAAGUGCCUAUCUGGCUUGACUAUCAUGGCAAACAUGUCGUCAUUGAGCAGGGAACGUUCGCAGGGAUUCUGAUCGGUCUAGCUCAGCUGAACUGUUCAGAACUGAAGCUGAAGCGGCUCUGCUGCAGACAUGGUCUUCUCGGUGUUGACAAGGUGAUCCAGUACUCUGUCACAGAGUGGCUGACCGACAUCAGGAAGAAUCAGCUGCCAGGCAUUCUGGGAGGCGUCGGCCCAAUGCACUCAGUUGUUCAGCUCUUCCAUGGAGUGAGGGAUCUCUUCUGGUUACCUAUAGAGCAGUACAGGAAGGACGGACGCAUUAUUCGGGGUCUCCAGCGGGGGGCGGCAUCCUUCGGGACCUCCACAGCAUCGGCCGCUCUGGAACUUAGCAACAGGCUUGUACAGGCCAUCCAGGCUACAGCAGAGACGGUGUAUGACAUCUUGUCUCCAACGCCUCCCCUGAAUCGUUACGCCAUCACCGAGGGCCGGGCCCCCUCCAGCCGACCCCGUAGACCCGCGCAGCCGGCGGAUCUCAGAGAAGGAGUGGCCAAAGCUUACGACACCGUCAGAGAGGGAGUGAUCGACACGGCUCAGACCUUGUGUGAUGUGGCGUCCCGCGGCCACGAGCAGAAAGGUCUCCCGGGAGCAGUGGGGGGCGUUCUGCGUCAGAUCCCGCCCACCGUAGUCCGACCCCUGAUUUUGGCCUCCGAGGCGACCUCCAACGUGCUCGGAGGCAUGCGGAACCAGAUCAAACCCGACGCACGCAAGGAGGACUUCCUCAAGUGGCGCACGGAGGACGCACAAGAAUGAGGACGGGGUGUCUGCGAAUGAAUGUGGGUGACCAUAAAGUGGGGAAGCUGUGGGAACCCUGAUGUUGAAUGUGGGACUUGCAUGUUCGUAUGUGUGCGUGGAGUGUUGUUCUACAAUGCAAAAACUACGCAAAGACUAACUGCUACUGCAGCCACUGACACAAAGAGUUUUACAUACAUGUAACCACAGCUAAUUCUUCUGCUGCUCUUCCUAUCUGUCCCCCUCAGUCUGAAGAUCGUUCUUUCAGUCUCUGUAAAAACAUAUCGCUGUUUCUAUCGUGGCUGGCUUUGAUUUCAACCCAACCAGGAGCAGGAAGGAUUCGAACGAGACGCAGGUUGUGGACACUUCAUGUCCUGCUAAAUGUGCUGCUUUGAACCAAUUUUAGUUUAGUUUAAAGCCAUGACUGUGAGCAGGAGUUCACACUUUCUCUAGCGGCACAGCAGUUUGCAGCAGGAAAUCAAUGAUCCUGAAGCACAAUAAGAAUGAAAAUCAUAAAGUUAUUUUAAUUCACACGUUGGUGAAUGGUUUUCAUCUUGAAUCAUUGGUUUGGUUUUGAUCUCGCUAUGCACCUGCUCCUCUCAGCGCUGUUCAUUUGUGCCAUAAACCUUCCAGAGUGACCUUUUAACUAGUCUGUGCUGCCUUCCUCAGACCUGUACCCUCCUUACGUGACUGAAUAGAAACCCAUUGAGCCUCUAAAUCCUGUAGCAUACUGGACUUCAUGAAAGUAGUUGUUUCUACAGACCGAUGCCAGUGGGUGGCUCUCCUUCCUGCUUCUGUUUUCCAUAAACAGUUCUGGUGUCUGAAUGAACCCAGACUGACUCUGUCAACAUCCUUAGAUGCCUUCCUAUAUGUUUUUUUAAUGUGUUACUAUUUGUUUUGUGUUUAUGUUGAAGCAUAGGUAUUGUUUUACUCGUUUCAUAAUGAGUGUUGGGAGGAUUUAAAUCUGAUGAUAAUGGAGGAAGGAACUUAGGAGUUUAACAUUUUUAUCUUUGUUUUAGUUUUAUUGAGUGUGGGAUUAUUUGUGUGAAUGUGAGGGUGUGUGUGAGUCGAGGAUGUUGACAGGUUUAUGCUUGUUACACUACUUGUGUGUAAUUACUAUUUACUAUCAAAGUGUAUGAAUGACCUGUAUAAUACACAAACAAGUAUACAAAUUAAUACAAAAAUAAAAAAUAACAUAAAAACUGA